CGCUAGGAACCCUGGAGCUGGGCGACGGGGUCCGCCCGAGCCCUUUUCUCUGCUGCGCCGACCGGAAGCCGGGCGUCCGAGGGCGCUCACCGCGGGCCCGCACUUCCGGGGGCCGGGCCCGCGCCUUCUCUGCAGGCCGGCGGGCGGGUCGGGGAGCCCUUCGGGCAGGUGGGCAGCACGCCUGAAGGCCGGAGCCCGUGACCUCUGCCUCUCCCCCAGCCGGGGCCAGGGACCAUCCUCUGCGCUGACAUCACAGGGACGUGGGCUGCGGGGUGCUGGGGGAGCCGUCCCGGAGACAUGGAGCUCUGGGGGGCAGUGCUGCGGGCCCUCCUGACCGGCCCCGGGAGGAGGGGAGGCACUCUGGGCCGGGCCUUCAGUUCCCGGCGACCCCGUCUGCCUCAGGCCGGGCGGAGUGCCAUUGAGCUGGUCAGCCAGUGGGCCGCGGUCUUUGAGAAGAGGGGCGUCCCUGAGCCCCGGGAAUCCAGUGAGUACAUCGUGGCUCAUGUCCUUGGAGCCAAAACAUUUCAGAGCCUGAGGCCAGCCCUUCGGUCGAAGCCCCUGACCCCUUGGCAACUGCGGUGCGUCCAGGAGCUGAGCAGGCGCCGGCUGCAGAGGAUGCCUGUGCAGUACAUCCUCGGCGAGUGGGACUUCCACGGGCUCAGUCUGAAGAUGGCGCCCCCCGUGUUCAUCCCUCGGCCAGAGACAGAGGAGCUGGUUGAGUGGGUGCUGGAGGAGGAGGCCCAGAAGCCCCGUGCGGGGGGAGCCCGAGGCGGCCCCCUCAUCCUGGAGGUGGGCUGUGGGUCGGGAGCCAUCUCCCUCAGCCUGCUGAGCCAGCUGCCCCAGAGCCGAGUCCUCGCUGUGGAUAAGGCAGGAGCCGCCGUCUCCCUGGCCCUUGAGAACGCUCAGAGGCUUCAGCUGCAGGACAGGAUUCGGAUCACCGCCCUCGAUGUGACCUUAGAGGGCAGCUGGACACACCUCCUGCCCUGGGGCCCCGUGGACCUGCUCGUCAGCAACCCUCCCUACGUGUUCCGCCAGGACAUGGCGCUGCUGGCCCCUGAGAUCUGCAGCUAUGAAGACCCAGCAGCCCUGGAUGGCGGGGAGAAGGGCAUGGACAUCAUCCUGCACCUCCUGGCCCUGGCCCCUCGGCUCCUGAAGGACUCUGGAAGCCUCUUCUUAGAAGUGGACCCCAGACACCCCGAGCUGGUCGGCAGCUGGCUUCGGAGCCGGCCGGGCCUGGCCCUCGAGCUCGCGGCCGUGCGCAGGGACUGCUGCGGGAGGCCCCGGUUCCUGCACAUCCGGAGGUCCGGGCCGCAGGGUGGCUGCCCUGUGGACGCCGGGCCAGCGCCCCAGCCUGCCGGAGGGCCCGGGUGACACAUCCUGGACUGCUCCCUGCCACGGGGCACCUGCCAGCGCCGGUGCUGGGCAUUCCCGCGGCUCUGGGCGCCAGGAAGGAGGGGUGCCUUCCUCCUUUUCGGGCGGCAGAGAGCCAGGGCACCCCAGGCCAGCUCCGGACUGAGGGACCCAGUGCCCAGGCUGGCUCGGUGCCACCGGCAGGGCCAGAGUAGUGGCUUGGCGUCUCUGGUGGCACAGCUCGGGAGCGGGGAGCUGGCCAAUAAAGUGUCACGGAGCGGA